CCGAAGAGGUUCUACAGCUCCACAACAAGUACCGGGAGAUGCAUGGUUCUUCCCCGCUUUCCCUUGACAAGGAGAUGUGCAAAUACAGCCAGGCAUGGGCAGAGCAACUGGCGCAAUGGAAUCAACUGAAGCACCGACAAGGCGCAGGUCGAGAUGAAGGAAAACAAUACGGGGAAAAUAUAUUCAUGUAUGGGGCAUCCGGAGGAGCUCAUAUCGAGCCCAAAGAUGUUGUUGAAUGUUGGUACAACGAAAUCAAGAAUUACAAUUUCAACUCUGGGGGCUGGUCAGGCAAUACUGGUCACUUCACGCAGGUAGUGUGGACAACAAGUAGUCGAUUGGGGGUGGGG